GCCAUUUCGCAGCGACCCGCUUCCCUUCCUUCCGCCGCGAAGCCACAAGGGAGCAGCGCCGACUUCCGCGAUGCAGAUCCUCCGCCGGAAGCUUCUGGAAGCUUCCCGCCGCCUCCCUCUUUUCUACGCCGCGGCCGCCGCUCCCCGCCGCCGCGCUCAUGCGGUCGCCACGCUCGCCGCCGCCGCGCGGUGGGCCCCGCCCGCCGGCGCGGGCUCGCUGGCCGCCGCUCCGUGGGCCGCCACACAGCGACGCGGCGCGAAGAUGCUCGGCUCCGACGUGAAACUUGGAAAUGUAAUACAAAGAAGAGGUCGUAUUUAUCAGGUAAUAAAAGCACAACAUUCACAUCAAGGAAGAGGAGGGGCCACAAUACAGGUGGAACUGAGGGAUGUUGACACUGGAAACAAAAUAACAGAAAGGUUUCGUACUGAUGAGGCCCUUGAGAGAGUUUUUGUUGAGGAGAAGUCAUUCACAUAUCUCUAUCAGGAAGGAGACACUGUGAUGCUUAUGGAGCCUGAAACAUUUGAGCAAAUUGAAGUUUCUAAGGAUCUGUUUGGCAAAGCUGCUGCGUACCUGAAAGAUGAAAUGAAGGUGAACCUACAAUACUUUGAUGGCCGGCCAAUGUCUGCUACGGUUCCUCCAAGAGUGACUUGCACUGUUGUUGAAGCACAGCCGAAUACAAAAGGGCUUACUGCUCAACCUCAGCGUCGCCUAGGCGUCCAGGUGGUAAAAGAUUUGGGGCAUCGGGGUCGCUUAACGAUGCAUGCGUAUGGCGUCCGCCUUGACGAGGUAAGCGUCCGAGCGUCGCCCAGGAGACUGGGGCGGACGCUUCACUCGCGGGAAUCGAGGAACAGACGCUGCCUGGUGCCAAUCUUUCUUGCGCGGAAAGAAUCGACUUCCCGCGCGGAAGAAUCGGCUCCCGCGCGUUGCUUCCCGCCGUCCGCCUGCCGCGCGGGAAGGAAUCGAGAUAACAAGAGAUAGGGAAGAGAGAGAGAAGUAUUAAGAGAAUAAACGGACCUUUCCCUUCCCGCGCGCAAUCUCGCACGCGCGACCCUGCAGGCGGAGCCACACAUCCCUGCGCGCUGCUCUGCUUUCCUUCCGGCGGCGUAUCUCCGUUCGAUUGAAGUGGAGCGUGUCCUCACUCUGCUCCCAUCAGCCGCCAGGAGGCCUUGCCUGCCUCUGUUCCGGCCGCCUGCUCCACCUUGCCUGCCUCGAGCUGUCGAAUCUGCUGGCCUGCGGCUCUGACCUGCCUUCCGCUGGCUUAUGGCAAGGAUGUGGUGGGCUGGAUGUCAACAUGGGCCAAAGAGCAGGGCAGCUCAUUGCAUCCUCUGUUUCCUCUAUUCAUUUCUCUUUUCCCUUAUUUGUAUAUUUGCAUAUUUAUCUAGUCAAGGAAGUAAUUAAGGCGUCGCCUUGCCUCGCGCCUUAACCGCCUAGGCGACUGAGCGGUUCCCCAUCGCCUCGCCUCGCCUUACCGCUUUAAAAACAUAGAUGCACUCUAAUGAGUAGUGAUUAAUUGUUUAAUGUGAGCAUUCUAGUUGGCAGUGAGCGAACAAGAUUAAUAGCAAUUUGCUUUGACAGAGAUUAUAAGAAAGUUACCAGCAUAUGCAUAUAUCAAGUAGACACCGGCAGUGGGAUACUGGAUUGUGGAAAUAGGCUAGUCAGCAUAUGCAUAUAUCAAGUAGACACUGGCAGUGGGAUGCUGGAUUGUGGAAGUAGGCUAGUUUGUAUCAUUCAGAAUUUGUAAAAGCAAGAAGCUGCAGCCACCUGUUUAAAAUUGUCCAAACUAGCUCUUUGGUUACCUGUGCAGCUGUGCUGAAUUCAAGUGCCACAUCUUGCAAUCACCCGUGAGGCCGUGAAUGUAAGAUAUAUUUUUGGCCCCAAACCUCUGUUAGACGGUAAUGAAAAACAUUAUUAUACAGGAUUUGUGACUGCCCAGAUCAUACUGCAGUAGUUUUUGGCUUCCUAAAUCAUUGUAUUGAAAUGAUAUCUGUAAUCUUGAGAUUUUUGUCUUCCUAAAUCAUUGCUUGGUAAUCAUUGCUUGGUAGUGCAUAGGACUUUGUAGACCCAAGAUUGAUGAGCACCCUUGUUGUCAUAUAGCACUUAGAACAUAUCUUUUACUAACACCAGCGUCAUAAUUUUUACAGUCAGAUGUUUUAAGCCUCAGUAUUAUAGAGUUAACUAAGCACAUGCUUGUUAUAA